UCACACAAAGUCAGGAGGUCAUGUAAGUUCUUCUAGGCUGUAUUCAAUUGUGGUACAGAUAAAUACUCAUCGUUUCGCAUUUCUUCUCCCACCCUUUCUUCUUUAUGACUUCAGCCUUAUCCGACGAGGUAGCUUCAGCGUGGUUCGCCCGUUUCUCAGAGCAUCUCCAACGUGGAGACGUUGCAAGCACAACUUCUCUCUUCCUUCCAAAUGGAUGGCUUCGGGACUUUUUGGCUUUCGAUUGGGACCUGCGUACCCUUCAUGGCCAUGAGAAAAUUUCUUCGUACUUAUCGGAACAUCUCCCGAAUUCGAAUUUUCUAGAAUUUGAGCUCGCUUCGGACCAAUACUUCAAACCCUCUCCUGGACCUAUGCCCGGCACUGUAACUGCUGGUUUCUCCUUCUCGACACCAAUUGCAAACGGGCGAGGGUAUUUCAACCUGUCUAGUACGACCGAAAUGGAGGAUAUAGCAGGAUGGAAGGCCUCUACAGUCUUCAUCACUAUUGAUAGCCUCAAAAACCACGAGGAGAAAGGUGCGGCAGGCGAUAUUUAUGGUGGUCGAUGUCCUACAUGGGGCGAGGCACGAGACAUCGAAUGGCGUAAAGCAGAGGAAGAACCUGAGGUUUUGAUCAUUGGCGCCGGACAAAAUGGACUGCAAGUGGCUGCGAGACUUCAGCAAAUGGAAAUCUCAAGUCUUGUCGUAGACAAGAACGACCGCGUCGGAGAUACUUGGCGCCGUCGAUACCCAACUUUAGCGCUUCAUACUCCCAAAACUCAUCACAGUUUACUAUAUCAAUCAUUUCCUUCGAAUUGGCCUUUCUGGACGCCUCGAGAUAAACUCGCAGAGUGGCUAGAACAGUACGUCGUUUCGCAAGAUCUCCUGGUAUGGACGAAAUCCCGUGUUAUUCCUGCACCGACGUACGACAGAGAUUCGAAGAGGUGGACUGUCACCGUCAAUAAGGCAGGUAAAAUAUGUACUCUACAUCCCAAGCAUGUUGUAGUUGCAACUGGGAUGCUCGGGGAGCCUUAUAUGCCUACCAUCGAAGAUCAGGAAACAUUCGAAGGCCAGAUCAUGCAUUCAGAAGGGUUCUCAGGAGGCGCAGACUUCAUCGGAAAGCGAGUUGUCGUCAUAGGCACUGGGAAUAGCGGUGCAGAUAUAGCUCUAGACCUAUCCACACACAAAGCGCGAUCAGUGACGAUGAUACAACGCUCGACUACUGUUGUUCAGCCUGCGAGUACGAUAGCAGAACAACAUCUCCAGGUGUAUCCACCCGAUGUUCCGGUUGAAGUUUCAGACUUUCGUGCGUUUGCUACGCCCACCUUCCGUCUCUUCGAGAUUCUAGCAGAGACCAGGGGCCUGAUGUGGGAUCAAGAGAAGGAUCUCAUUGAAGGGUUGAGAAAAGCUGGGAUGAACGUCGAUAUGGGUCCGUAUGGUGCUGGCAUUCUUCCUUUGGUAUAUCUACGAUUUGGUGGUGCGUGGAUGGAUGUAGGCUGCGGAGAUAAAAUCAUUCACGGAGAGAUCAAGGUCAAAUCUGGAGUCGAGAUUACAAAAUUCACCAAGCAGUCAAUCGUUUUAUCUGACGGUUCAGCAAUCGAAGCCGAUGUUGUAAUUUUUGCCACUGGCUAUCGGCACAUGGCCCAGAUGCUCAAGAACUUAUUAAGUGACGAGAUUAUCGAUGAGACGUAUUCUCUCCCGAACGGCCUUGACGAGGAAGGUGAAUACGAAGUGGGAUAUAGACCUACCGGGCAUCCUGGUUUAUGGUAUGCUCCAGGUUCAUUCAACAAUUCUCGUCUACAAUCAAAGUAUCUGGGAAUCCAAUUCCAAGCACUCAACAUUGGUUAUAUGAAGCUGUGAUUGCGUGUCUUAGGUGCUGUCUUCUGAUAUGCCUUUAACGCUGUUGCAUCUAUUAAAAGCUCUACCUCAUGUGCUGUCUACUUGAAGUUGAAAUCAUACUCAAAAACUUUGUGUGCAUUGU